UAUGCUAAAGUAAGGGUAUAAACUGUUGGUCAGUGUAUUGUUAGUAAAAUCAGAAAAUCUAAUUUCCUUAUGAACCACACCUGCUGCUAUCUACUCACGUGGCAGCAGCCUAUUAUAGCCAGGCGGGGCUGACUAGCAGCAGCCAGCCAGCAGGCAAGCACCUAUAAAAAAGAUGUGUCAAUUCUUCACCAGCAAAAAAAGAGAGACAUAAACUUACAGUUGCUUUAUGAGACUAUUAAAGAACAUGGCCGCUGCUCCUACUGCUGGAUGGAUACUCAUAUCACAGCUCCUGCUGCUGCUGCUGCUGCUGCUGCUAUUGUCCUCUGUUCAAGGAGAAGACUACAUUAAGACUGUUCCAGUGACUUUAGGUGGAAACAGUAACAGUACAGACAUUAUUACUGGAGUAGUGUCCUCCAAUGUAACCUGGAGACUAGCUCUUGAACUAAAGCAAGGAAUGAUGAAUAAUGCUAUUCGUGUCUCUACCAGUAGUUCAUAUGCCAAUCUUUCAUUUCCAUUAUUAAUAUCAGUGAGACAAGGAAAACACAUCAGCUCAUGGACACUGCCUUUCAUCGAAGCUGGUCAUGCAUCUCCAGUAGUUUCAAAGACAUUGUGUCCAUUAUUCAAUAAGCCAAUGGAUGAUAAUUCAACUGUUAAUAUCAUAUACAUUGAUGUAUCUACUCCAGCUCUUAAUAACGUUUCUUUUAACAUGUCAGCUAGUAUUAUCAAUCAGUAUCAAUUAAAGAUCGGCUCUCCAAUUAAUAAAAAUGUAUAUUCAUCAUCACCACUGUCGUAUGUUUUUGAGUAUCCUGAAGGUGUUGAUAGGGUUUUAGUUAAAGUGACCUCACAUUCAAUGACCUGUGCCCUAGUCUCGGUCCAGGAGGGUCUGUGUCCUGUGGAUCAGUUAUUGGAUUAUCCUGAUCACAGGGGAACCUUCCAGACAAUGCAACUACUAGCGGCCAUUAACAUCAAACGUCCAGUCCAUCAGAACUUUAUCUACAUUGUUGUUAGUGUGUAUCACCAUGACAACUGCUCACAGACUAAUCAUGAUUUCUUUGAUGGAUUAGUCACCCUCAAUGCUGCAGCAAAUUAUAAUCCUUCUCAUGUUCAUGACUUUAAGGAAAUUAAUGACUUCAUUAAGAGCGUUACCAUAGAGAUUGACCACACCCUUCCAAUUUACAGGUACUGGAUAGCAGUAGGUGUGUCAGUAGCAGUGUUACUAUUGUUUGGUGUUUUGGUGAUCUCGUUCAGUUUUAUUGAAGGAAUUUUCUGUUACCGUCAGCACCCAGUGUGUUCUCUACUGGAGAAUGGUGUGGCUAGCGGCGGAGAGAGGACAAUGGAAGGAGGUCGUGGGUCAAAGGACAGUCCGGGCAGUACUACAGCUGGUCCUGUACAAGAUGGUGUCAAUAGUGACUCUGUUCAAAGACCUCAUUUCUUGUCAGUUCUGAAAGGAGAUCACUGGUAUCAUGAAUACAGGAAAAGAACCACACCCAGCCCACGAUCCCCAGACUUCAUUAAAAAAGAAUUUAUGCGUGCAUUGCAUGCUCCGCCCACUAAUCAAUACUGUCCCGAUAGGAAGGCGUUAGUCUCAGUACCGAGUGACUCGUCUAUCGACAACUGCUCAAUGAAGGACUGUAAUGGUGGGUGUGGUCACAGGUCCCUUGAUACCGGAGACGCUGGGUCUGUCAUAUCUUCAUGUUCGUCAUUGAGUGCUGCCCAGACCAGACUACUGGAGGACUUCUCAGACAUGGAGGAAGAGGGAGAGGAGAGGGAGACAAGGUUCACUGGGGAAGAGAGACAGAGGGUCUUUAGGAAAGUCUCUGGACGCAAGAGAGACCUUUCAAUAGUACUGGAGGAUACUGAGAGACUGUCAGACUAUGAGGAGGAGGAGAAGGAGGAGGCCAUUGAAGAAGAGCUUGAAGGAGAGGGAGAAGAAGAGAGAUAUGAGGAGAACACUGUCCCUGAUAAUAAUAAUAAUAAUAAUGGUACCAAUUGUCGUUUGGACUUUAAACCACACUCACCUCAUUCAUCAGUCAAGCCACACCCCUCCGCUCUACUAGUACUGAACAGUCAGUACAUUGACCAGCUACCGAUAGCAGAGGGGGAGGAGUUUCAGAAGAAGUACAAAGGAUACUGGAUGUACCUCUCAGUAAUAGUGAUAUUCUACUCAUUACCAGUGUAUCAACUGAUGUUAACAUAUCAACGAUUCCUCUCAUUAUCUGGCAAUGAAGACUAUUGCUAUUACAAUUCAUUGUGCAGUCACCCUUUGGAUCUACUAGGAAUUAGCGCAUUCAACAAUGUCUGGAGUAAUGUCUCGUUUUUAUUUCUUGGAGUAUUAUUUCUGAUCAUAGCCAGGAGAAGGAGGUCAAUGUACAGAGUGUAUGAAUCAAUCAAUGAAGAUCAUGAGAGGAAUAAUGAUCCUGGAAAAAAAGUUGGUGUUCCCCAGUAUUUUGGUAUAUAUUAUGCUUCAGGUGUGGCACUGAUUGGUGAAGCAUUAAUGAGUGCAGCGUAUCAUAUCUGUCCAACUGGUAACAAUUACCAGUUUGACACCACCUUGAUGUUUGUGUUAGUAACACUUGGUAUCUAUCAGUUAUUUAAAUCACGUAAUCCUGACAUUAUACCAAGUCCUCAUAAAUUAUUAUUAUUAUUAUCAUUACUGAUAUUAUUCAUUGCAUUUGGAGUGAUAUACAAUGGUCUCAUAUUCUACGUUAUAUUCUUCAUUUCAUUUGUGACUGGAGUCCUCUAUACGUCACUGCAGAUAUAUUACAGGUGGAAGAUACAGUUUGCUGACGGAUUUGUUGUUUUAAAAGAGCUUUGGUAUAACAUGUCUCACCCCUAUCCACCACAACACAAACCAAAGGCAGUGUACUUCAGUGUCUCAGUUAUUAUUAACAUUCUAUUUGGUUUUUAUGGCCUGAUAUUACAACCAGCAGAUUUUGCCACUUACUUCCUCUCAAUUAUGAUUGGAAACUUCAUAAUGUCACUUAUUUAUUAUGUGGUAACCAAGGUGUACUAUGGAGAGUUUGGAAAUAGGAAGGCAGCACUAAAGUCACUCCUCUGUCUAAUCGUAGCCAUUUUGUUUUGGAUUGGAGGAGCGCUGAUGUACAGUGUAGCUGUCACUGAUUGGCUGAAAUCCCCAGCUGGUUCUCGUGAUGGUAAUAAAGAGUGUCUCCUCUUGGGCUUUUAUGAUUCUCAUGAUAUUUGGCACUUUUUAUCGUCUUUUGCACUUUUCUUUUCAUUUUUAUUACUAAUGACACUGGAUGACAAUCAAGAGGUUGUUAAUCGUUCUGAGAUUCACAUUUUCUAAUCACUUAAAGAAACUAAUGUAUACUACAAGAUGAUCUAUUCUAUAAUAACUCUUUUUAUCAAAUUAAUUCUUUUUAAACAAGUUUUUAUAUAAAACAAUUAAAUUGUACGUGUAUGUAUAAAUAUUAAUAAUAAUAAUAAUAAUAGAUUUGUAUUGAUUGUACU